GCCAGAUAGUGUUAAAGAAUAAAGAAAGCACGUUUAGAACAGAGCGAAUUGUGUGACGAGUCGACUAAAAACAAAAAGAACUCAAAUAUGAAUAAUAGCUUAUUUCCCUUUCUCAUUUUAUACCUUUUAAGUUAUAUACAAUGUGCUAUGGUAGCCUACACUAGUGUUUGUUUUGUGUUAUCAGUGGAGCUUGUCAAAUGAUGAGCGAUAAAGUCAGUUAGAAGUGGCUGCGGCAUUUCCUGACUUCGGUUUCAUAUACCGUGUUCCUCACAACAAUCUCCCACUUCUAAAGGCGUGUGUGUUUCAGUCAAGGAGGUGCGGCCAAGAGAGUCGGGAGGGAAAAGUAUAGGAGUUCCACCCUCAUUAAAACAGAGUUUUUUUUGGUAGAGAACGACAUAAGAACGGGCUCUGAAAAUUGGAUUCUAAGAGUAACUACCAUCCUCUGGAUAUUUGAACGAGAUUAUUUGGGAUUUCUGAAAUCGGGUUUGCCUUUGGUGUUUGGUGGCAUGCGACAGCCAAUCGAAUCCGAAAGUCCGAUGUACUGGAAAAGUGAACAAAUGCUGGUGUGUAGCAAAGCGGAGAGUAAUGAAAAUAGAUUAAAUUCUAUGUCCAAUGAUAAGUUCUUCGUCAUGUCUGAAGAUAUCGAAGCGGCAGCCACGGGGGCUUUUGGUAGAUGCAGAAAAGACAUGGGAGAAACUGAACUGAGCACUACAGAGGAGGUUUUUGUAGAAGAUUCGUGCUCCCUGUCUUCCUCCCUGUCACCCUCCUCUUCACCGCAGGGUAUGGCUUCAGUCUCUCUCGUUGGAAAAACACUUUGUACCAGUUGUGGUCUGGAAAUAGUUGACAAAUACCUGCUCAAGGUAAACGACUUGUGCUGGCACGUGAGGUGCCUCUCGUGCAGCGUGUGUCGAACUCCGCUUGGAAGGCACGCCAGCUGUUAUAUCAAAGAAAAAGAAGUGUUUUGCAAACUGGAUUAUUUCAGAAGAUAUGGGACGCGGUGUGCCCGCUGUGGCAGGAAUAUCCACUCGACCGACUGGGUUCGGCGGGCCAAGGGGAACGUCUACCACUUGGCCUGCUUCGCCUGCUUCUCCUGCAAGCGGCAGCUGUCCACCGGGGAGGAGUUCGCUCUGGUGGAGGAGAAAGUCCUGUGCAGGGUCCACUACGACUGCAUGCUGGACAACCUCAAGCGCGCCGUGGAGAACGGAAAUGGUGUAAAUGUAGAAGGAGCGAUGCCGACAGAACAGGAAGUGAACCAACCUAAACCAGCCAAGAGGGCGCGCACAAGUUUCACGGCCGAUCAACUACAGGUCAUGCAGGCCCAGUUUGCUCAGGACAACAACCCGGACGCUCAGACCCUGCAGAAGCUGGCAGAGAGGACCGGGCUGAGCCGCAGGGUCAUACAGGUGUGGUUCCAGAACUGCAGGGCCCGGCACAAGAAGCACGUGAGCCCCAGCCACGGCUCCUCCGGCAACCCCAUGUCCGCUCUGCAGCCGCCCCAGCUCUCCCCUCCCCUGAUGGAGGAGAUGCAGUACGCCACCUACGGGCCGCAGGACGGAACCAUCCUCACCGCGCUGCACUCGUACAUGGACGUGCACUCGCCCUCGUCGCUGGUGUUCCAGCCCUUGCUGCCGCACUCCAUGGCCCAGCUCCCCAUCAGCCACGCCUGAGCGCCCGUGCCCCGCACUCAGGUCAGAGCCACCAGGGGACACGCACUCCCUCAGCCUCGCGUGCGCGCGCGUGUGUGCGCGUGUGUGAACCUCGCGCACACCGCCAGCCUCCCGCCACUGCGCCGGAGGACAGCCUUUCCGUCAUUUAUUCAAGUUCAGUGUUGUUUAAAGUUUAAAA